UGUUAUACAGGUCAUUAUAUUAGCAACAUUAAGCAUAUUAUUAUUGUUAGUACUUUAUUUUAUUACACAACACAAUUAUUGUAUGUAAAAUAAUUAUAAUUAAAAUAAUAGGGAAAGCCGGAAAGCAAGUGGCGGUGAGAGGAUAGGGAUUUUCUUUUUUUUUUUUUUUUUUUUUUUUCUUUCUUCUCCUUGAAUUGCUUAUUGCGUUGCAAGGCUCCGGGGCAUCACUCCAGCGAGUAGACCAGAGGAUAGGGAGAAGAUGAAUCCAUUGACGCUGGUGAAACGAAUUCAGAACAUAAACUCGAAAGAAGCAGAGUUAGGGAUUUCAGAGGAUGCUUCCUGGCACGCCAAAUACAAAGAUUCAGCUUAUGUUUUUGUUGGCGGUAUUCCUUUCGAUCUCACCGAAGGCGAUCUCCUUGCUGUUUUUGCUCAAUAUGGGGAGAUUGUUGAUGUUAAUCUAGUUAGAGACAAGGAUACUGGUAAAUCAAAAGGGUUUGCAUUUAUUGCAUAUGAGGAUCAAAGAAGUACAAAUCUUGCUGUAGAUAAUCUGAAUGGCGCAGAGGUUGCUGGUCGAAUUGUAAGGGUUGAUCAUGUUACUAAGUACAAGAAGAAAGAGGAGGAGGAUGAAGAGACACAACAGCAGAAGAGAGAGGCUCGAGGAGUAUGCCGUGCUUUCCAAAGAGGUGAAUGCACUCGUGGAGCUAGCUGCAAAUUUUCCCAUGAUGAGCAAAGAGCUGCAAACACAGGAUGGGGUCCUGAGGAUAAAAGUCCAAGAUGGGGACAUGACAAGUUUGAUGCUCCAAAAAAGAGUGAGAAAAGAUCUGGCAAUGAGAGACCUUCAGAGAGCCUCCCUAAACAGAGUGAUAGGAGGGAGGACAAGAGUUCAAGAAGGCAUGAUGAUAAUGAAAUGGAGCGGAAGUCAAAAGAAGAUUAUCAUAGAAGAGAUGGAAAGAGAUGGAGAAGACAAGAAGACAAUGAAUUUGAGCCAAAAUCAAGCGAAGACUAUGAUAGGAGAGAUGAAAAGAGAUCGAGAAGGCAUGGAGAUGAGGAAUUUGAGCCAAAGUCUAGAGAUGAUUAUCAUAGGAGCGAUGAAAAGAGGUUGAGAAGGCAUGAAGACGUUCAAAGAGGAGAAGAUUAUAAGAGGGAUGAAAGGGGAUUGAGAAGGCAUAAUAAUGGUGAUGGAUUGGAGCCAAGGUCAAGAGACAAUGAUGAUCGGAGGGAGGAAAAGAGAUUUAAGAGGCACGAAUCAGAAUCCUAUCUUAGGGAAGACCAAGAUAAGAGAGGAGCCAAAUCAUCUGCCCAUGUUAGGGAUUCUUCCUCCAGUCGUCAUAGAGAGAGAGAUGAGCAUAGGCGCAAAUCAGAGAGAUGAGAAUCCCUGAGUAGGACCAUGUUCAAGCUUGACAAUAGCAGCAGGGUCAUUCUAAGAACGGUGACCCAUUUUCUUUUGGCUUUCUAAGGUUUUUGUGUACUUUACUUGACGUGUUUCAAAAAAUAAAAGGAGUGACAUGAUAGAGCAGGACAUUUGAUGACAUGAUUGUAGUUUCAAAUGGGUGAAUUUUCGGGUAGUUGACACUUUCUUUUUUGGCAAAAUUAGAGAAAAGAGGGGGGGAUGAGGGGGGAUUGCUUAAUGGCUAGUGACGCAUCGUACUUGAGGAGGUGAGAUGUAUUUUAUUUUCCACAUGGUUAUUUGGUGGGCAAAAUUUUAUGUUAAUAUUUAUUGUCACUUGUGCUUA